AAGAAGACUUCACCAUAAAGAUAAAGGUGUCAGUAGAAAUCUUGUCAUUUAGACUAGUACCAGUGUUCUGAUCUUCCUAUGAAUAGAAUUGACUUUUUGUGAAGUGGGCUAGUACACGGAGUAUCCUUGUAAUUGCAGCUCGACCUUUGACUCUAGAUGUAAGAUGGAGAGCGGGACUGCAAGUUGCACCAAUGGGGAUUUCACGGUGGAAUCCUUGCUGGAUAACAACAGAUUGUUGAACUUGCCGCUAGGUGGCAGGGUGGACAAGGUGUACACCAUUGGUUGCUUUGAUCUGUUGCACGAAGGACACGUGUUCCUGCUGUCCACAUGCAAAGCCCUCGGAAAACAGGUCAUAGCCGGUGUUCAUGACAGUCGUAGCUGUUACAAAAUGAAGAACAAAGUCCCCAUUGAAACAAUAGAACAGCGGAUGCUGAGAGUCAAGCAGCAUGCUGAUAUGGUAUUUUGCAUUACAAGCCUGAACGCAGCUAACUUCUUCACUUGCAUCGUGCAUCUUGAAAAAGGAGAAACGGCCUUGUUUGUGCGAGGGGACGAUGCACCGAAUUUCCCAUACCGCCACAUAGUCGAGAACAUCAUGCCCGUCGUCCUGUUACCUAAAAUACCGGGAAUUAGCAGCACAAUUCUUCGCACAGAGUUAUUUUCUAAAAUACGAAGAGAUGACGAAGGAUACGUAAGCGACACAGCUUUGUCGUCAACGAAAAAAAGCGUUUCAAAGCGGAAGAGGGUGAGGAAAGGGCGCCAUAGUUUGCAAAAAUGCUUGUGACCCAAUAAAUGGCGUCUGUUACGGCUCUGACGUCUGAUCGCACCGAAUGACAUAUGGUUUCUUUAUCAUCAAGACUUAUAUAUCUCUAGUUUAUAAAAAAGAUGGGAACUUUCUAUCAACGACACGUUUAUUAUUACAUACAACGGAAAGCAAUGUCUUUUCUUACGUAUACAAAAUGAUCUUCACAUAUAACCAACAGGUAGCUAGGUUUUCAGACAUACAAGUAAGGAGGCAGCAGUUUAUGAUCAGUAUUUCGGUAGGAGAUUCAGAAUGAUUAUGGCAUAGAGGCCUUAUACGUACGUAGCCUAUUCUUGCCAUCUACUUCAAGUGCUGCUCAAGACUCGCAUCCUGUGAGCAGAUAUACAGAACACAAUCUCAGGAUAGAUUUUUGAGUCAGUAUCGGGUUACAUUGUAACUGUUUUUCAGGGUUGACCUCUUUUUAUAUGUAAAUGAAAUUAUAUAUUUAGCAUUUUUUUAUUUCGUUUUCAGUGGGAGUUUACGAUUUUUAAGAUGUGGGUUAUGAACUCCGGUAAAUCCGAGCUUGACUGCAUUAACCUCGAUUAUGGCUUGAUUUACCUGGGUAUUUAUUUAUUUAUUUAUUUUACAACAUGAGAGCCUAAAAUAAUUAGGUCUGAAAGCAGGAUAAUAAUCGUCUGAUUACACUUUGUAGCGUUAAAUUACAAAGGUUGGGCAAGAUACACAAAUGAAUUGAGCAAAAAUUCAUUAUGUAUAUGGCAAGAGAAUAAUAAGCACUUUUUAAUUUCUCUCUCUCUCUCUCUCAUCUGUCCUGAUACAUAACAUCAUAUUAUGAUAUCACUGUGUCAUAUUUUUCUUACGUCAAGUUUUGUAAUCAUUAACGCACGUGCUGUUUUCAUUAAAAAAUAACACCCAUGUACUGAACGUCUCACUAUUGUUAUUCUAUAACCCUUUUUUC